UCAAUGAAAAUGUCUCGUUUGUGUGUUUUAUUUUCUCUCGUUUGGUUCAAUUUCGGUGUUUUGUCAAAACCCUCGGUUGUUAUAAUCGGUGCUGGCCCUUCGGGCAUCGCCGCAGCCACAAAACUCCUCCAGAAUGGCAUCCACGACAUAAAAAUCCUCGAAGCUGAAGACCGAAUCGGCGGUCGAAUAAAUUCCCUCGAAUUCGGUGGCGGAAUUGUCGAUUUGGGGGCACAAUACUGUCAUGGGGAGAAGGGAAACGUGGCUUACAAUCUAGCCAAAGACUUGGACGUCCUCGAGCCAGGUUUGAGGUCCCUCCAAAACAACGUCUACUACUCCAAUGGUUCGAAAUUAAACCCCGAAUUAAUCGAAGAAUUGCGACAAGUUUACUUGAAAUAUGACAAAAAUGAGGGUUUUGAGACAAAAGGAAAGUCUUUAGGAGAAGUUUUUAUACAAAAAUACAAUUCGACUCUUUUCCCCAAGUAUCAAAACAGCGAAAUUGAGGUUUUGAGAGAGGGGUUGAGGUUUUUGGAGGGUUAUGUUCUAAUCCACGAAGGGGCAUUUUCCUGGUUUAAUGUCUCGGCAGACUGUGACUAUGUCCAAUGCGAGGGGAAUCAAGCCCUGAUCUGGAAAGGGGGCUACAAGACUGUCCUCAAAAUCAUGAUGCAAAACACACCAAUCGACUCAAAAAUUCACCUCAAAACCAAAGUCGAUAAAAUCAAUUGGAACAAUAACCCAGUCACAAUUUCAGCCUCAAACCAAACUUUUUCAGGCGAUUUUGUGAUUUUCACCCCAUCUAUUGGGGUCUUAAAACGCGAAAAAGACACGCUAUUUGACCCUCUUCUACCCCCCGAGAAGGUAAAAUCAAUCGAAGCAACCGGUUUUGAGGGGGUGAUGAAAGUCUUCCUCCACUUCCCCCAAAAGUGGUGGGGUGACUCUGACCAAGCUUUUGCAUUUUUUUGGAGCCAAAAAGACCUAAAAUUGAUAUGGGACAAGCCAUGGGUGACCCAAAUUCGGUACAUUUUAAAGGUUCCACACAAUUCGAACGUAUGGGUGGUGUGGAUCACCGGGGAUUUGGUCCCAGAAAUCGAAAAACUCCCAUUGGAGAAUUUCAAAAUUGGGAUGAAAUUCGUCUUGGAGCGAUUUCUGGAUAGGGAGUAUAACGUGACCGAAAUUGGGGAUGUUCUCAGGUCGAAUUGGUGCACGAAUCCCAAUUUUGGGGGGACUUAUUCGUUCACUCGUGUGGGGUUUUACGAAAAGGGGGUUUCGCAUCAGGAGAAAUUGGGGGAGCCUUUGGAGGGGGGGUCGGGGAGACCGGUGGUGUUGUUCGCAGGGGAGGCCACGCAUCCUGAACAUUUCCAGACUGUUCAUGGGGCCAUUGAGACGGGAUUUAGGGAAGCAGAAAGGAUU